UGGAAAGUAACCAGUAAGAUGUCUUCAGCAACCACUUCCGUCUCCUUACCCAGUGGCUUCAAAGUCCUGAUUUCUUUUCCAGAUGUGCUCAUUGUCCCUGAAUUUGUUUUUGGUGGCCUCGUUUGGAUUCUGGUGGCAUCUACAACCGUGCUUGAACCACUGCUUCAAGGUUGGGUGAUGUUUGUCUCUAUCUUUUGCUUUGUCGUGUCAACGUCGCUUCUGUUCCUGUAUUUCUGUGGAGCUCAUGGAGAAAAAUCUUCUUGGGUCACUCUGGAUGCUUUCUACCAGGUAACAGCAUCUCUCUUCUACUUGAGUGCUGCGGUUUUGCAAGCCUUCACUACAAUCUGGAUUAGGGAUUUGGUGAUAAGCAAAAUCUACCAUAUAGAUAUUGCGGCAGUGGUCUUUGCCUUUGCAGCCACUCUGACCUACGUGAUCCAUAUGAUUUUUUCACUAUUGAGAUGGAAAUCUUCUUAA